CUGCCAGAGGCUGGGAGAGCGCGUUGCGUCGCGUCGCGCCUAGAACUCUGCCCGGGGAUGUGGGCGGGCCCUGUGGCAGCACUGACCAAUAGAAUAUGGCGUACGGCGAACGGGUUCCCUCAGCAGCCAAUAGCGAUGCUCCUCCCGCCUCCCGGGCGCCGGUCGCCCCGGCAACCGGGUGUUGUAGGUUGCGGACCUACGACACCCGGUUGCGCUGCCUCCCCAGGGCGGCUAAGACCCGCGCGGCUGACCAGGCAGAAGGCUGGGUGCCUUGCGGGCGUUUGUUCUUCCCGCCUCCCUGUGAGGUUCAGCAGCGCCCCCCUUUAUGGACUGGGAAACACGCCUGACUCCCCAACAUUGCUUGUUGACCUUCAGAAUCUGCACGCUCAGCGGUCACUUCUUCCUGGUGCCCUCCGGGGACACGAGAGGACAGCCCCCUUCUGGGCUCCUGCAGCCCCCAUGCCCUCCUCUCACGGCACUUAGAACACCUGUCAUUCCCUAUCUCAGGCACGGAACUGCUCCUCUCUGCUCCCAGGGCCCCACAGAGGGACUCUGCAGACGAUGGGAGACCCAGGGCAGCUGGGGCUUGGGACUGAGCCCAGAACUCUUGGUCGAGGCUGGUGUCCCUUUAACAGCGUCUGGCCUGGCCAGCCUGUUCAGCUGCCUGCAGCUGCCGUGCUGACUCAUGUGUCCCGGCAGCCGGCAGAGGCUGAGAGCAUGGGCUCCCGGGGGGCUGUGGCUUACUGGGGGCUUCUGGAUUACAAGACGGAGAAGUAUGUGAUGACCAGGAACUGGCGGGUAGGCGCCCUGCAGAGGCUGCUGCAGCUGGGAGUUGUGGCCUAUGUGAUAGGGUGGGCCCUCCUCACCAAAAAAGGCUACCAGGAGCGGGACCUGGACCCGCAGAUUUCCGUCAUCACCAAACUCAAAGGGGUUUCUGUGACCCAGAUCAAGGAGCUGGGUAACCGGCUGUGGGAUGUGGCUGACUUCGUGAAGCCACCGCAGGGAGAAAAUGUGUUCUUCUUGGUGACCAAUUUCCAGGUGAUACCGGACCAAGUUCAAGGCAGAUGCCCAGAGCAUCCCUCUGUCCCGCUGGCUAAUUGCUGGACCGACGAGGACUGCCCUGAAGGGGAGACAGGGACAUACAGCCAUGGCAUCAAAACGGGCCAGUGUGUGGUGUUCAAUGGGACCCACAAGACCUGUGAGAUCUGGGGCUGGUGCCCAGUGGAGGGUGACACCGUGCCUAAGAGGCCCCUGCUGGUCCAGGCGGAGAACUUCACCCUGUUCAUCAAAAACACCGUGACCUUCAGCAAGUUCGACUUCUCCAAAUCCAAUGCCUUGGAGACCUGGGACACCAACUAUUUCAAACACUGCCGCUACCAUCCACACUCCAGCCCCUACUGCCCCGUGUUCCGCAUCGGGGACCUUGUGGCUGAGGCCGGGGGAGACUUUGAGGACUUGGCGUUGCUGGGCGGCUCCGUGGGCAUCAGCAUUCACUGGGAUUGCGACCUGGACGCCGGGGGUUCAGAUUGCUGGCCCCACUACUCCUUCCAGCUGCAGCAGAGGAGCUACAACUUCAGGACAGCCACUCACUGGUGGGAGGCUUCAGGUGUGGAGGCCCGGAGCCUGCUCAAGCUCUACGGAAUCCGCUUUGACAUCCUCGUCACUGGGCAGGCAGGGAAGUUCGGGAUCAUCCCCACGGCCAUCACAGUGGGCACGGGAGCUGCAGGGCUCGGCGUGGUCACCUUCCUCUGUGACAUGCUGCUGCUGUAUGUGGACAGAAAAGCCCAUUUUUACUGGAAGAAAAAGUAUGAGGAGGCAAAAGCCCCAAAGAUGACUGCCAAGCCCGCAUGGAUCAAACCUGCUUUCUCACUCGGAGCCCGGCCGCCCAGGUGCCCAAGGCAGGCCUCAGCGCCUGCCCCCAGGCCAGCCCAUUCCUGAGCCUGUACUGUCCCCUGCUUGGGUGCUUGGGGGUUGGGGCCCUGCCUGGGGGACCUCAGGGACAAAGCCCCUAUAGGAGUGUGGUGGGGGGAAAGGGAAGAAUUCUCCUCCAACUCCUGGACUGACCGUCCCUCUGGGGCCUGGGGAAACACAGAAGCCACGUUUUUGUUUGGAGGAGAGCAGUGGAGAUGGGGUCGGCCAUGGAGACGGUGACAGGUAGAGGGCCACCCCUCCCCCAGCUGAUGAGUGCCAGGCAGUGGGGCCAGAGUUGGCAAUCCUUGGCUCCUUGGGGACCUCCUAUAUGCCUCUUUGGAGACCCCCAACUCCUUAGAACCUGCACACCACCGGAGUUCCGGCACCCUAGGGGUGGGAGACUGUUCGUCUGGGGUUCAUUGCACUCUGGGUCACAUCUAGGAACCUGUCAGGGCAGCUGCCCACUCUGCCUGUGGGAGGUCCUGACCCUGACCUUGGGCAGAGCAGAGUGGCUGGAUGGAACGUCCCCAAUACAGGACAUAGAGCUCCUCCUCAGGCUGGCCAGGUUCUGGCACUGGAAUCCCCCUGGUGUGGGGGGGGGGGCAAGUCCUACCAAUCUCCCUGUGCCCCCCAACCCAUGGUCCAAACUCUCACUUGAUCCCAGCGUGGGGCAGGGAUUUGGGGGGUACCCACCCCAGAGAGGUGAGGGGCUGCCUUCUCCUGCUGGGGAGGGCACCUGCGAGGGGUGGAGUCACCUGGGGCUUGCAUCUGGACUUUUCUGGCACUUGCAGCCUCUGCAAAGCCCUUAGGCUCCCUGCCACCUUCAGUCCCCUGAGACUCAUCUCUAGGGAAGCAGGCUCUGAGGGGCUGGGCAUGGGGCGAAGCCUCCUGGUUCCUGGAGGCAGGUCACAUGGCCCCAUCAUCCUCUGGGAAAGCGGACGUCACUGCUGGAGUAAAGUGUGCCAAAGCCAGCA